AUUCUCUCUGUAACACCUAUUCCCUACCCCAACGGCCGGUGAUCUCCGGCGAGUAUCACCACCACAAAACAUAACCGCUCCGCCACCCAAAGCCUCAUUGAUAAACCCUAACACCACCAGUUUCUUCCUGAACUCACCUCACACACUCACGCACUCAGCUUUACGUACAGUUCACAAACCCACAAUUUUAGAGAGAGAACCAAUCAGUCAACAAUGUCAGGCUUCACUUCCUCUACUAAUCCAUCUUCAUCACCACAAUUCCCAUUCUCACCGUCAUCAUCUCCAUUGUCAUUCCCACCAUCAUCAUCGUCAUCUCAAUUCUCAUGGGCUUUUCCACAACAACCCUCUGCGUCGCCUUUCUCAUUCUCAAACCCUAACCAUAGCUUCGGCACACCACCAUCCUCAGCUCCAUCUUACGGUUUCGGAUUCGCCUCUUCUUCUCCCCCAAUUUCGUCAGCAUUCUGCUCCUCUGAAUUUUCGUCGGCGUUGUACGGAACGACGUCGUCUGGAUUUUCGGAGCCGUAUACUGGUUCGCCGUUGCACGGAGCGACGCCGGCUGGUGCGUAUCAACCACUUUUUGGAGCUACGUUUUCUAGUGCUUCUUCGUCUCCGUUCCGUUCUUCGAAUUCGUUCGGAGCUAAUUCAUCGAUCCCGAUUCUUUCCACUACUUCAAGCUUGUUCGGAUCGAGUUCAAAUUCUAGGACUACGAGUUUGUUCGGGUUUUCUUCUUCGAGUUCAGUCUCUUCUGGUACCACCUAUGCAACUGCACCUUUGUUUUCAGCCUUGUUUGGAUCGUCUUCUCCGAGUUGGGCGACUGCUACACUAGCAAGUUCCGCAUCAACUACUGUUUCUUGUACAGAUUCAACGGUCGCAACAACUGGAUGCCAAGACUCCAUCGGUGGAAGCUCCGUUUGCUCCACUAUUUCUUUCAAGUUAGCCGUUAGUGAUGAUGAGGAAGGGUUUGGGAAUGAGGAUGAGCAGGUAUACUAUAGGGCCUUAGAGCAUAUAGGUGUUCAAAUGCCUGAGUGUGAGACUAAGAAGGAGGUUCCAGGGGUGACAUGGGAUCAGGAGAAGAGGGAUGCUAUUACAAUGAAAGUGGCAAGCCUGCUUGAUAGUAUACAGCGUGCAGAACCACCUGCCAUUGGUGGGGUAGUGGUGACCAGUUCAAUGGUAGUCUCGUCUGGGGCUGCUCUGGCGAAGGUGCCAGUUGUGGAGGCUAGUUCGAUUAAAAUGGAUAUCCCUGAUGUGAAGUCGGCUGCAACAUAUGUGCGGGUGACACUGCAUGCCAAGGAGUUGGAAAUAGGUGAAGUGGAUUCAUGUGAGAAUCCGUCAGCUGCAACACAUGUCCGGGUGACACUGCAUGCCAAGGAGUUGGAAAUAGGUGAAGUGGAUUCAUGUGAGAAUCCGUCAGCUGCAACACAUGUCCGGGUGACACUGCAUGCCAAGGAGUUGGAAAUAGGUCAAGUGGAUUCAAGUGAGAAUCCGUCAGCUGUAUCUGAACUUGUUGCUGGAUAUGAAUUAAAAUCUCCUGGGGUUGGGAGUCUGAUAUCCCCCAUAUCAGAGAUGACUGACUUGAAUGAGCUUACUCUGUCACCUCAUUGUGGUUUGAUCAUAAAACAAAUUUCAAGCAAGUAUGGAGAUAUCACUAAGGGGAGCAUACUGAAGAGUAUGGCUGCUAAAUUUCCAUUUUUGCAGUUAGUGGCACAUACAGUGCAUCAAUUGUCCAACCAUACCCAAGACACCUUAGGUUCCAAUGAACUGGAACUCAUACAGACAUGGACAGCUGAUGCAGCAGCUGUUGGAUUUCAGGUGGACUGGUUACAACAAAGGGUUAACCAAGUUACUGCAGCUACCAAAUACCAUGGUCAUCGUAUGGAGUUGGAUGAGUUAGGGAAACAGAUAGAUGCUACAAUAAAAUGUCUGAUGGAGAUGGAGUUGCGAGAAAUUGUUUGUAAGGAGGAGUUAGCUUCCAUAAAGGCUGAAAUGGAAGGGAACGAUUUCAGUGGAUCAAUUCUCAGUACAGGGCUAUUAUGAUGGUGGAAUAGGAGGGAGGAUGGGACAGUUGAUUGUAUGUAAUCUGCCUUUUUCUCCCCAGCUCCUCUUUGUGUGUGUAUUUGACUAUUUGUGUAUAUUUAUAACUCUCUAGACCGGAAAGGUGUAUGAACUAUACUGCUGUGGGUGUGUUGUGCUUUUUUAGUGUUACUGUUCUUUUUCUUCCUCUUCUUCCUAGACUUGUUUGCCAGC